GCCAGUCGCUCAGUCUUUCACCAAAGAGGUCAUUCUCCUGCCAGACCACACAUACACACAUGUGCCAAGACGUGACAAAAAAGCUUGGCUGUUUGAAAAUGGACUCAUUAAAUCUGCCCUGGAAUUUGGGACUGACUGGGACUCAAUUCGUGUAAUGCAGGAAAUAACAACAACCUUCCAUCCAGUUGUGACAGGGUGCAGGUUACAAAUCUUGAUGCCAUGCCACAAUAAACUGGUAGAACCAUCCCUUACCACAAACCAGAGUUUGACAGGAGACCUUCUGAAAAAGCUGUUUCAUCAGAAGUCCAUUUAUGUCAGGCCUGACAAAGUACUUGUAACCGAGGAAAAAGAAUCUCUAUUGGAAGAGUCGGUGACAUUCCCAAAGAAGUUGUCUCAACCAUUGCCACUGUAGAGGGCCAGUCCCUCUCCUGCGAUAUUCCCUCCAUCUCUACUGGUGAUGAUGUUAUAUGGUGUGUUACCACUGAAGAUAUUUGCACCAGUGCUCUCUCUGCUUCUAUUUCAGCUGAGACCCUUACUAUGCCUACGAGCUCUGCUGUUAUCACUAUCGAUGAUAGUCACAGCUUGUCUGGAGGAACCUCGGUCACCACCAGUGGUCACACCCAUGCACUGCUAAGUGGUAACCGUACCAGUGCUGACAAUGAGUGUCUUUCUGCUGUGCCCAGUGGUUUGUCCCAGCACAGCAUACUUGGCAAUACCUCAUCCAGUACACCCUACAGAUUUUACACGCUGAGACUGAAUCACAACUACAAGAUGCCGUUACACAGGCAGCCAGCUUGAUCAGUCUUGCUGGUCACAGUGUGCGUAUAACUCUAAGAAACAAACAAGAGACAGCUUUCGACUUGGCUCACUGGUAUGUCCUUCAACGGACCCGUGCUCCUUUUGAGAGGUAAGUUGUCUAAACACACACUACACUCUUUUUGUGGCUUUGCAGAAAGUUUAAGGCUUGUGAUAAAGUGAGUUAAAAAUGGAACAUACAGAAGAGUUAACACGUUUUUGAUUUGCUACCAAGCAUUCCGUGGUGUAUGAAAAUGAUGAAUUUGAAGAUCUUAAAUGUACUUAAAGAAUAUGGAUGGGAAUGUGUCAAGGAAUGUCUUAGCAGAAUGAAAAGAAAACAUUCUGGAUUUAAAUGAAACCUACUGGCGGGGUGUCACAGAACCUUGUGAAUAAAAUCAACUGCU